AUGUUGCAGACUUGGAGAACUUUAGCAGCAUUCGGGCUGCUAGUCCAAUCAGUCAAGGGACGGCGCAACGGUGUCGAUGUCCAAGUCAUCAGCACCACGAUCUUUGAUCCUGUCUGCACAGCCAAUGUCACAGUCUAUGACACCACCUCUGUGAAGAUAAGUCACUAUGUGGACGUCGUGUGUACUGUGAAUAUCACCACAACCAACACCGUCUCGACGUACAUCAUUGAGGACAUCACAACUACUCUACUAUACUCCGUUUCGGUGACUGAGACCGACUCGGCAACAACCACAACUACUGAGGUAGACUCAGUGACAAUCACAAACACAGAAAAAGGCUGGGUGACGGUAACAAACACAGCCACGAGCUCUACGACCAUCACCAACACGGAGACCACCACCUCCACAGUCCCGGCGACAAUCACAACAUAUACCACUACCACGCGCACCAUUUUCUCCACUACCGUUGACCCGUGUCCAAGUUCUUGUAGCAUUUCUGUCGAAACUGUCAACCUCUAUUUUUGGCCCACUGACAGACCCGCAACGUACCCUUCGACUUAUGUCGAUCACGAUGUGGGAUAUACAUUCACAUGGCCGUCAGUGUACAUGUUCAUUCCCACGGCCGUGGGAAUAAACACCGAGGGUGAGACGGUCGGGCCUUCAACGGCUAGCUGGAUGCUUCCUCUCAACUUAAACGAGGUGUCUACCAUCGCCCAGGGUUCAUCCAACAUCACACGGCAGCUCACGCUUAGCGAUCUGGGCACCGAUUGCCCACGAACGGCUGAUCCUUCUGCCAUUGCCACCAUAGUCGAUGCGCACUGCGACCCUGUUCUUGCGGCGCCGAGUCAAGUCCGGUCAUGGGCUUACCCUUGUAACGCUUGCGCCCGGUUCGGUCUCUUCGACCCGCCGUAUGCACUGCCCACCGUCACAGGUGGUCUCAUUCCGCCAACGACUACCGUGCUGCCCCCUCCAGAGACCAUUACAGCUACGGAGAUCCGCUAG